AGAACAAUCAACACAACAAAAAAACAUCGAAGAUGUCGCCCUCGCCAACCGGUAGGACUAAGCACCACUGCCCUGGCAGAGACGGUUGGGUCGGCGACAUCAGCCCAGGAAAUUGCAUCCAGAGUUGUGGUAAGUACCACUUUGCGUCCCCAGAAGCUUGCCGAAAGUGUAUCGGUAAGAUGAGAGCAGACGAGCGUCGGGAGAGGGUGGAGAGGCAGAAGGCAAAAGAGGAAAAAGAGGAAAAAGACAAAAACAAAGAGGAUGAUUUUUUAAACCUGAGGGAUCCCGAUCCUGACGACGACCCCAAAGACGACAUGGCCUAA